CCCCCGCCGGGCCGCGCUGAUGGGCGGUGGCAGAGGAGGAGCCGCCGGGACCAGCGCUCCGCCUGGCGGGGCCGGGCCGGGCCAAGACGGGGCUGCGGGGAGAAGCAGACAAAGGUGGCCGGAGCGGGACCGGGAGCGGGACCGGGAGCGGGGUCAGGAGCGGGAAGCGGGAGCCGGAGGACGCCGCAGCCGAGCGGGGUCGAGCGGGGCUGAGCGAAGCCGGAGCGGGGCCGCCCGCGGCCAGGAGGGAAGUCCUCCGCUCCCGACCGCCCCAAGACGUUUGGGACCCCUAAGAGGUCCCCUUGCUGCCUGGAGAGGGAAGAGAGCUGCUCCCCGGCGUUGGGCACCCCCAGAGCCUCUGUCUCAUUUCCUUGAACCCUGAGAGAAGGAAAAUACCAAGCCCAUUGCGGGUCCUUGUGCUCCGCAGGCUGGUGCGAUCCGACAAACUCAGAGCCAUUUCAGUGCUGGAGCCAGUGACCGAGGUGGAGACAUCACGGUGCUGGCACCCACGAUCACAUUACACCCCUGGACCCCACAGCAUCCACAGCCACCCUCACGUUACUGAUGCUGAAGACUGGUGCUGGAGUGCAGGGUGUGCAGCCAUGAAGCUGAAUGAGAGGAGCUUGGCCUUUUACGCCACCUGUGACUCCCCAGCUGACAACACUGGCUUCCUCUACAAGCGUGGGGAGCGGCACACGGCAUACCACCGGCGGUGGUUCGUGCUGAAGGGCAACAUGCUCUUCUACUUCGAGGAGCGGGAGAGCCGGGAGCCGGUGGGUGUCAUCGUGCUGGAAGGCUGCAACGUGGAGCUCUGCGAUUCGGCCGAGAAUUUCGCCUUUGCCAUCCGCUUCAGCGGUGCCAAGUGUCGCACCUACGUGCUGGCAGCCGAGAGCCAGGCUGCCAUGGAGUCGUGGGUGAAGUCACUCUCGCGAGCCAGCUUCGACUACCUGCGCCUCGUGGUGCGGGAGCUGGAGAAGCAGCUGGAGGAGAUGCGCUGGGGGCUGUCCAGUGGAUAUGGGGGCUGCCAAGGGCCAUCUGGCUCCUGGAAGCUGAAGUCCUCAGUGCUGGAACAGUCACCAGAGCGCCUGCUGGCUCUGCCUGCUGUUCUGCCAAAGGAGAAUGGCUGUGCAGUGUGGAACAACACGCCGGGAGUGUGCCAGCCACCCAACACUUCUGGCUGCAAUGAGUGUGAUGAUGAAGGGAACCCACGGCCACCACCACUGCCACCACGCAGGCGAGCAUCAAGCAGUGAGGUGGGCAGCAGUAGGGCAUCUGGAGCAGAGACCCUGUCCACCUUCUGCCAGCUCCAUGAGCAGUAUGGACGGGAGGUGGCCCAGCUGCGGCAGAACUGGCUGGAGAGGAAGCACGGUCCCCAACCCUGAGAGAUGGCUGAGCUGUGGUGACCCACUUCAACUUGUGGCAGGGAGGAGGUGAUCAUCUUCGGUGCCACCCUGGUUCACUCCUCUCCCAAGGAUGUGUAACCUAGUCUGUGGUGGUGAUGGACACCUGCUGAUGGUGCCACCAAGGGGCACUAGUGCUGCUCUGUGACAGCAAAGCACCAGCCCAGCAUCCAUGGCAGCUGGACUCGAUGUAUUGUCAGCCAAAUGUGAAGCCACCAAGCUCUCAGGGUUUCUAGGCUCUCAGGCAUCUCAUGCCAGGCAAUGGGUGCUCCCUGAAGGGAUGCACCCCUCCAUCUGUACCUGGGCAUGGGUGCAGGGUGGUCCACCCAAUGCAAAUGAACUAGAAACUACUCACUGACUUAUGCCUCCUGAGAAUCAACCGUUGCACAGGAUCUGGUGGGGCCUCUUGAUGCUCUCACAUUGUAAUCAUGCACUGACAAUGCUUUUGGAUGAGGAUUUGGAUGAGAUCUCACUGUCCUGAGCCCCUGAGUGAGUGUUUCACGUCCAGGGAGCCUGCUACCUUCUUUCUCCACUGCCCGGCUCAAGCAACUGGCUGAGGUCAGCCAAGCUCUGCAGAUCCCUCUGCUCUGGUAGGAUGUGGUUUGAAAAUUAAGUAUCAGCAAGCACAGCCCUUCCUUAACAGCAGUAGCACCAUGCCCCUGGCUGUCCCUGGAACUGGUGGCACCCAGACCUGGGCAUUUCACAUUACUUGUGGCCAAUCUGUUGAGGCUGGGUAGGGUCAGAUCUGAGGGGAACAUAGUGGCCAUGGACAGCACCUUGCUGGGCACAUAUUUUGGGGAGGGCAUCAUCCCUGGGCUGUCUCACAAAAGGGAAGCAUCACUCAUGGAACAGGAACAUGUGCGUCAGCGCAGAGGGUGUUGAAUGAUUCAUGUGCUGAAGCGGAGCAAAGCUGGUGUCUCAUGCAGAUGUUUCUCUUUUGUCUCCCUAAUGGACUGUAUGGACACUAAAGCUGCUGGCCUGGAGGUGGGGUGACCCAGCCUGGUCUGGGAGCAGCAGUCAGGGUGCCCAGGUUUGUGCUGGGUAGCUCCAGUUCCCUUUACCCCCUUGGGACAGGCACAAGAUUUUGCUGCAAUAAAAGUUGUCUCAGAAAUUCCUUCCCA